AUGGCAGCUGCUUGUCGACAGAAACAGAAUGUGGUCCCACAGCAGCGCCCUUCUAUGCAUGCUGUCCAGGAGAUACGGCUUGUUCAAAUCCAUAUAACCAAGUGUGCUGCCCUUCAGGGAAUUGUACCACAACAGUCGUUCAGAAUCCCGUAUGUGGUGACAGAUCUUGGAACCUUUAUAACAACGGCGGUGUGGACUCGGGCUACUUCUGUUGCUUAUCAACAUCCUUUGGCUUCAACUUCCUCCUCCGCAGCGCCUACGUCAAUAACAUCAGCUGUUUCAAGCACCUACGUCUUCUCGUCUGCAACAUCUAACUUAGCUCCCUCCACAACCUCAGACGGAUCUGCACUACCAACAAAUACAUCAUCCAGUUCAAGUUCCUCUGGCCCCAUUAUUGGCGGUGCUGUAGCUGGCGUUGUCGGAGUCGUACUUCUAGCUGCCGUUGGUUUCUUCAUCUAUCGCAAACGACGUCGUACCAAUCAGAACAAAGCGCAAAGCAACACACAUGACACAUACUACGAACAUCAUCCAAAUAAUAAAUCCGACUACCAAGAAGUCGUCGAGCUUUCAGACUCCUAUGUGGUGGAGUUGCCUUCCUCAGAACAAUUAACGCCACAGCUUCAGAAACCAAAACAGCACCCAGUCGAAUUAGCAUAG